CCAACUUAAAGAAGGAGACAAAUGAGAAAGGAAGGAUGCUAGGCCGAUGAGGAUUCAGUCGGACCAUUGGGUCCAUCUAGCUCAGUAUUGUCUACACUGACUGGCAGCAGUGGCUCUCCAGGACUCUAAGCAGAGAUCUCCCCCAGCCUUACCUGAAGAUGCUGCCAGCGGGGGUUGAACCCGGAGCCUUCUACAUGCAAGGCAAGUGUUCUGCCACGGCGCAACGGCCUGUUUUCAAGCAAGGAGGGCGCACAGAUCAGAGUGCACAUUGGGUGCCAGACUAGGACCUGGGCGACUAGGGUGCAAAUCGUCCUGGGUGCUGCUUCACGGUUUCUCUCUCCUCCUCCCAGACAUCUCCCAAGAAAGAAGCCUCACUUUUCUGGUGCCCGAAGCUCGCGGGAGUGACCUUGGGCCACUCGCUGCCUCGGUCAGCCUAGCUUGCCUCACCGGGUUCUUCUGAGGAUUAAAUAGUGUAGCUCUUUGGAAGGCAGGUGGGACACAGAUGUGGUGGUGGUGAUUUGGUGGAAAAGAAGGGAGGAAUUCCACCCCUUCCCAUUAUUAUUAUUAUUAUUAUUAUUAUUAUUAUUAUUAUUUCCCCAUUCCCAGGGUUUUUCUAGCAGAAAACCACACAAAUAGACUCAGGGGUUCCCCUGCGGAUGUCCUCUUAACAGUCAGCAUGUGAGGAGGUCCAGAUAAUAAUAAUAAUAAUAAUAAUAAUAAUAAUAAUAAUAAUAAUAAUAAUUUUUAUUUAUACCCCGCCCUCCCCAGCCAAGGCCGGGCUCAGGGCGGCUAACAAGCAAUAAUAAAAACAAGUUGAAUGAAUACAACUUAAAAACAAGAUUAAAAUACAGCAAUUAAAAUAUUGAAACAUAAAAAUAUUAAAAUGCAGACUCAUCACAGGAGGAGAAAGGAAAAAGGAAAAAGAAAGAGGGAGAGGGAAUCAAAUUGGCUCCAAGCCAAAGGCCAGGCAGAACAACUCUGUCUUCAAGGCCCUGCGGAAAGAAAUCAGAUCCUGCAGGGCCCUGGUCUCAUGAGGCAGAGCGUUCCACCAGGCCGGAGCCAGUGUUGAAAAGGCCCUGGCUCUGGUUGAGGCUAAUCUGACUUCCUUAGGGCCCGGGACCUCUAGGGUGUUGCUAUUUAUGGACCUUGAGGCUCUCCGUGGGGCAUACCGGGAGAGGCGGUCCCGUAGGUACGAGGGUCCUAGGCCGUGAUGAUGCAGCCCCUUGCCAGCAGAAGGUGGCACAAGACUAGGUGGAUCCUGGGUGCCCCCAGAGCUCCCCCUACGCGUGCCAACCUUCCCCCAAAGUAAACCGUUCCACGGGGCUGGAAGUGGGUGGGCACUGUUAUCAGGGCACUCCUGAUGGACAGCAGAAUAGUGAGGCUUCCUUCUUGGGAGAUUGUUGUUUAUUGAAUUUACAUACCGCCCUAUACCCAGAGGUCUCAGGGCAGUUCAUGUAAAAACACUGCAGUAUAUAAAAUAAAAAUAAAAGCAGAGAAGGCCCGUUCUCUUGUUGCCACCCUCUGGACCUCUUGAGAUGGCUGGGAGCAGGAGAGAGAAACCACGAAGAAACACCCAGGAAGGAAGGCGGUUAGGAUUCUGGAGGCAGACCUCCUUUGUUGCUUUACCCUCUGACAAUCCUGCCUUCGAAUAUGCAUUGCAGGGGGGUGGACUCGAUGACCCUCAGGGGUCCCUUCCAACUCUAGAAUUAUACGAUUGUGAGCAGUGGGGUGGGCAUCCCUAGUUUUGACAGCUCACAAGCCGCCGGCAAGGGUUGCCAUUUGUUGUGUAUUUCUCUAUAAGCGCAUCGCCUGCCCCCCAAACCGUCUUGAAUUAGUAACUGUCGCAACUUCCUGUGGCAGGGAGUUCCACAGGCUUACGCAUGAGUUGCACAAAGGCGUGCUUUAUUUUGUGAGGGGGUGAUACUUCGAACUGGGAGGGGGCAAGGUUCAAUGAGAGAGUCCUGCUGGUUGAGGGAAAAUAUUUUAUCCAGCCCCCAAAUCUGCUCAGAGCUCCUGCUUUCCUGCGCCACUUCAGAGCUGGCUAGAAUACUGGGGGGCAAAUGGACAGGAGGGAGAGUCUUGUUCCCAGGAGGGGCACAAUGAUGGGGAUGAAUGUAUUUGGGGGUCUGGCAUGGGCUAUGAACUCUCCACCUUUACCUUCUCUCUGUCUGUCUGUCUCUUUCUCUCAUUCUUUCUUUCCUGCCCAGACUGUCGGGCAGAAGGAAACCUACUUUGCCCGGAUGCGCCGUGCCCACAAGCAGAACUCCACAUCCCUCACAGAGGAGCAGCUGAGGAAGGACGUGGCAGCUGGCAGGAUCCCCAGCUCUGGCGGCCGGGUCCGGCGAGCCACCCAGGUGCAGGAAGCCCAGUUGAGACGCGAUGCUGAAAUCUGGGAGAUGCUGUCCCGCUGGCAGGCCUCCUCCCGCAGGGCGCCCCCUCCUCCCAAGGAGAAGGAGGAGGGCGCCCCCAAACUCCCUCCAGCAGGACUGCGGACCCCCUCAGCUGCCCAGGCAGCCCACCUUGGCCCUCCUCGCUCCUUUGCCUCCUUGGCCAGGGCUCCUGUGCUCCCCGCUUCUCUUGCUGCUGCUCCCGGCUCCCAGCCCCAGGGACAAGGAAUCCCCGGCGGAAGGUCUUCAGACUCCUCCAGCAACCUGCUCUCUUCCUCCCAGUACCGCCUCAGGCUGUCUGAGGCUAAAAAGGUACCCACAAGCAGGGCAGAGUGGGCAGCGAAUGGAGCUUUGGCAUGGAGAGGUGUGUGAGAAGGGGAUAGCUCUGCCAUACAGCAAAGACACAGCUGUCCAGAGCAGAGGCAGAAAAAGGCGUCCCCUCAAAAAAAUAUCUAGAAGGCAUUUUUGAAAAAAGCAAAAUCUGUGUGGAAUUUGAGGGGUCAUUGGUACCAAAGCUAGGUCCUCUUUUCUCCCUCUUGCCUUGGACUUCACCCUGCUUUUGGCAUUGCUCAUCUAGAAGAUGCAAAGCAAGCAUUGGCAGGGGUUGGACUGGAUGAUUGGGGAACAUUCCAGAUCUAUGAUUCUGGGCUCAUGUUUGGCAGCGCAGAAAGCACAGCGGUUGCUAGAUCAGGUUACAAGUUGCAGAAGUGAAGUGGGUGACCAGGGAGGAAGUGGGUGGAACCCUUAAUUGGGAGCACCACCGUUCCUAGGAAAUGGAUUCUUUGUUCUCUCUCUGUGAUCAUUCAAAUUUCUAACUGGUAAGAGACUUCUUUUGUUUUGUUCUGCUUAUCUGCUGCCUAAGUGGAGGGAGGAAGCUGAGUUCCAGAAGCCUGACGCUGGGUUUGCAAUUCACAACUCGGGGCUGAUGGGAGUUGUGGUCCAAAGCAGCCCAAGAGAACUAGGCAGAUGGAGAACGUGGUUGCGACAGCGCUUUGGGAGAGUGGGUGGCUGAGUGAUAGAGUCAGUGGGUGGUUGUGCCACCGUAUCCACCCCAUGGGCUUGGAGUUUGGGGCACGUUCUGGGCAGUGGAUGGUUUUCUCUCUCUCUCUCUGAGCUGUGGUGCCUGGCUGGCUGUGGCACAUGUUGUGGAGCUGUUCGCGUUGAGAUUUGCCUCGACUGUCAGCUGGUCCCCUCACUUUCCUCUGAAUCUUCCUCUUCUGUCUCAGUACUGGUUACUCUACAAGGGCUUCUCUCUCCUUCCCGAAAUCGCUUUCUACUGGAAGCUGCCGGACCCCUUCCUGGGGGACAA